AUGCCAUACGAGCUGACAUCAGUGGAGCGCGAAGCGCUGGACAACGUACCGAAUGUGUUCACUACGCAGGAAGUGCUUGAAACUGACGGUGCUGGCUACUUGAUUCGCCCAUGGAUGACCUUCAAUCUGUAUGAUCGUAUCAGCACGCGCCCGUUUUUGACGGACAUGGAGAAGGUUUGGAUCAGCUAUCAACUCAUCUAUGCGAUGCAUGCGUCUCAUGCACAGAAUGUCGCCCAUGGCGACCUAAAAUGCGAGAAUGUACUUAUUACAUCGUCUCUUACGGCUUAUGUUACGGACUUUGCCUCAUCAUUCAAGCCGACAUACCUUCCACUUGACGAUCCAACGGACUUUUCGCUUUUCUUUGACAGUUCUGGGCGCAGGAUCUGCCAUAUAGCACCAGAGCGCUUCUAUGAAUCUGUUACUGAAUUACCAGCCGGUCCGAUUUCCUCACGCACGCAGCCAAAAGACAUUGAAAAUAUGUCCGAGGUGCUCACGUAUGAGCCAUAUUUGGAGAUCCUAGGCCUAGGGCGCCCAAAUGGACGCAUUACAGAAGCGAUGGAUGUAUUUUCUCUUGGCUGUGUACUUGCUGAGCUAUGGCGCGAUGGAUCACCUCUUUUCACGCUCAGUCAAAUGUAUCGCUAUCGCGCGAGACAGUACGAUAUCAACCCGCUGCUGCAGUCGGUGUCGCAUUCUGGUAUGCGCGAUGUAAUCACCAGCAUGCUUGCAUUGGAUCCAGAAAAACGACCAACUUUCAAGCAUCUUCUUCGUGAUGCGCACGGAAUCUUGUUCCCAGAAUCUUUCUCAGUCUGUCUGCAUUUAUAUCUAGUGGAUUUACAGCGGCCUUCGCCAGAUAUACCUUUACCUCAGCCUCCAAAUGAAAAUCAAGGGGAUCAGUUGCGGACGAGGCAUUUUUUGGAACCUGAUGAUCGGAUCGAAAAGCUUUAUGAAGACUGGGCUACGCUCCAAAAGUUUUUUGGUGCUAUACCCUCGAUUGAAGGCGAUCAGGUCCAACUGCAUGUGUCUAUUCCAAAUGUAUCACUUCCUCAUCAAGUCGGACGGCCACCGUCUUUGUCCGAUAACGAGGCACUUCUUGUACUCAAUGUUAUUCUUGCUAAUAUUCGUCACUGCCAUCGCCCGUCGUCAAAGUGCCAUGCACUUGAACUUGUGGUAAUUUUGGUAUGGGGAUGGCUUAGCGAUGAAACACGUUUAGAUCGUGUUUUGCCUUACCUUAUCGCACUGCUCACCGACAAGCAUCCUCGUGUUAGGGCCAUGGCUUUGCAUGGGAUUUCUGUUGUAUUUGAAUGCAUUCAUGUGAUUUCAGCAGUCAAUAAGCGUAUCUUGCACGAAUUUGUAUGGCCACAUGUUGUGCCUUUAUCGCAUGAUCCCAGCGUGCAUGUCCGCUGCACUCUUGUUUCGUGCCUUGCUCGUAUAUCGACGAACGCAAUGCGACUUUGGUUUACGUCGCCGACCGAGUCGUUUGAUACGGAUGUUCUCUCUUUACAGGAGUUUGUGCGUGAUCAAAUGUAUACGCUUGUGUGUGAUUCUUCAUCGACUGUCAAGUGUGUUCUACUUUCACAUGCCACGUCGUUGUGCACACUUCUGAAUACCGAUUGCGUCAAGUCUGUCCUUCUCACGCACAUGCUGACUUAUCUUAAUGAUGAAAAUACUGAUUUACGCAUGGCAUUUUUUGACGCGGUUGUACCAAUAGCCAGGCUUUUGGAAUCCGAUACCAUCGAGAAAUGCAUUUAUCCCUUCCUUUUACAGGCACUGGGUGAUGAUGAUGUCCGUGUACAGGUUCAAGUUCUUCGUGCAAUCCAGCAGCUUAUUCCAUUGUUUCAGCCAUUUAUGCCUUGGAAGCUGCUAGAUCGUACCAUUAGUUUGCUGUAUCAUCCCAAUCCAUGGGUGCGCGAGGCUAGCAUUGGCGUGGUGACCGAGGUAUCCAGCUUGAUCUCAAACUCUGAUCGUUGGCUCCGUCUUUAUGCUAGAAUUCGCCCAUACCUUCGCUGCGAUAUUACGUCUAUUACACCUAUUUCUCUUUUGGACCAUCUUGUAUCUCCAUUGUCCUCGCAUGCUUUACAACAGUGCGUAUCAACAAUGAAGACGAAGAAAGAUGCCACAUUUCUUGAUCUUUGGUAUUCACAGGUUCGCCGUGUGGAAAUAAAAGAUGGCGUCUCUUCUACUAAUAUGCGAAAAGAAAUGGAUGACUUGGUUCGUCCGCCUUCAAGUUCACACUGGAUGACGCUCGCUGUGCGAAUCGAAGAACCACAUCCUAACAUUUUAUCUCGACUUGAUGGAUGGGGUAUUCCGUCUGGUGAUAUACCGAAACUUGCGGCACUAUGGUGGUAUGUCGAAAUUUUGGCAACGAAAAAUACUCGGCAACAGGCAAAACCGGCACCUCCGAAUAUGAAAUUAUCUGGAGUUCGACAACGAACGGUGUUCUUUACCCCACGCAUAGCAUACCAAGCUUUACCUUCGUCUGUUUCCAUUCGCACAGCGCAGAAACGGAUCCAAGAUUUGGCAUGCGUUUCAAGUUCCCAGCAGGAUUCUAGGGAACCGCAAGAGCAAAACUCAGAGUCUGAGCUAGAGUCUAAGCCACAAUUUGAGAUAUUGAAUGAGCUAAGUCGCAAGUCAGAGCCAUCACAUUUUUCUUAUCGCUCCCAUGGACGGACUGCUUCCAAAGCCUCUUCGGACGCCACUUCAUUAUCUGAGUGUUCGAUUAAAUGGCCUGUGUUUACCAAUCCGAGUACGGCCCAAGCAAGCACGACCCUGAUCCAUGCCCACGCUGAGCGUGCACGUGCUGAGAGUGCGAAAGAAGAAUCAGAUCAAGCACCAGGUAUGCUAGUUGUUGAAAACACAUACGAAGGUAUGGAUCCCUAUAUCCACGCACAUUUGAAAGCAGCAUAUCAACAGCUCCAAGAACAAUCUAGGACAGUCGUAUCACAACAUACCCCGUGCAUAUCACAUGUACAAACCUCGCCGGCUGGCAGCCACAGGCCUCAUGGAGCACUUGUCGCUUGCCUCACCGAGCACACUGCUGCUAUCACGUCGCUCAGUGUCGCAUUGGAUCAAAUGUUCUUUGUGAGUGGCUCCGACGAUGGAACAGUAAAAGUAUGGGACACGUCUCGUUUGGAAAAGAAUGUGAACUCGCGCUCACGUUUGACUUAUGCGACGCAUCAGUCUCCCAUUACUAGUGUUUUAGUUCUAAGCGGCACACAUUGCGUCAUAAGCGCGUCGAAGAAUGGAUCACUUCAUGUGUGGGGCGUUGGUGUGCAGACGGGAGGCUCACUUCCCCGAUAUAUGCGCCCUCAUAUUCUCGGCAAGCACACACUUUCAGAAAAUGAGUAUGUUCGAUGUUUAGCACAAUGGACAAGUGGUGUGGACCCUGUGGUUGUUCUUGGUACAAGUCGAGGGCGCAUAAUUCUGUGGGAUGUACGCCACAUGAAUCCACUGCUUACGAUGUCCCAUCCAGCAGAGCAUGGGCCCGUUGAAACGCUUGUACUCGAUCCGCAACGGAAUUGGAUAUGUACUGGUACAUCUUGUGGUGUAAUUGGUCUCUGGGAUGUGCGGUUUGAACUUUGUAUCCGCGCAUGGACGGUCAAGUCACAAUCCAAAAUUCUCUCGUGCACAUUGCAUCCAUGUUAUUCAAGGCGCAUCUUGGUUGCAUGGAGCACGCAUGAACCCUGUUGCUUCGCAACGCUGGAUCUAGACACUGGUCUUGUCACCGAUAUGUUUAAUGUCAUCGAUUUGGAGCACGCUCAAGUGCCAGACGUAGCGGAGAACCUGUUUUCUCCUUGUCAAGACGCGACACAUCACUUUGGGGCAGAAACGACCCUGCCUAAUCUUAAUGGAACACACGUCUUGCUCGCAAGCGUGUAUGGAUACACCAGCACAGCACAAAAAGAUACAUCUCUCAAAGGAUGGAUUCUCUCAGCGGGCUCAGAUCGUGUUGUGCGAUUUUGGGACUUGGGCCAAGCUGAUCGAUGUGUGGCGUUCGGAGUUGAUGUCCAUGGCGAAUUUACGUACGUGCUAAUACUUUACUUACACAUUUUACUACAGCAUGUCGAGGGCAGAAGGGACUCCAACUAUGCAGUACAACCACGCCGUGCAACAUUCAGACCCUGCACUCAAGCGCUCGCCGUUACAUAUUCAUCAGCAGAUGAAAAUCAAACCGGUUGCGGAUGUGUCGCAUAA